AACCGAAAAGGAUAAAUCAUUUCUGAACAUUCAUCUUCUUCUCUUCCUCUCUGUUUUCCAUAAAGCUUCCUCCUUUCAAUGGCGACUCUAAGCUUCAACACCACUCGUAUGCGAACACCUUCACUCCCCAGAAUCUCCAGAUCAUCUUCUUUCACCAAACCCAUCAAAACCCAUCUCUCCUCCUCCUCCUUCCAAACCUUAUCCAAACGCCGCCGUUUCGUCUCCCGUUCCUUACCGGAGAGCUUCACAAAAGAAGAGGAGACCGUCGUCAUCGCUGAAGACGACGACGACCCUACAUCGGAGCUGAGUUAUCUUGAUCCGGAAACAGAUGCAGAGAGCAUAAAAGAGUGGGAGUUAGAUUUCUGCUCGAGGCCGAUUCUUGAUUCACGAGGGAAGAAGAUAUGGGAGCUUGUGGUUUGCGAUGCUUCGCUCUCGCUUCAAGUCACCAAGUACUUCCCAAACAAUGUCAUCAACAGUAUCACGCUCAAAGACGCUAUUGUUUCCAUCACACAAGACUUGGGUGUUCCUCUCCCUGAGAAGAUUCGUUUCUUUAGGUCGCAGAUGCAAACCAUUAUCACAAAAGCUUGCAAAGAGCUUGCUAUUAAGGAAGUGCCUAGUAAACGGUGUCUGUCUCUGUUUCUAUGGUUGCAAGAACGUUAUGACACUGUGUACACGCGUCAUCCCGGUUUCCAGAAGGGAUCAUUGCCUCUUCUGUCUCUAGACAACCCUUUUCCAAUGAAUCUUCCUGAGAAUUUGUUUGGGGAGAAAUGGGCGUUUGUUCAGUUACCUUACUCAGCUGUUAGAGAAGAGAUCUCAGACUUUGAGGAGAAGUUUGUGUUUGGUGCAACCUUAGACUUGGAUUUGCUCGGCAUUGACGUUGAUGAGAACACACUGAUCCCUGGUCUCUCCGUUGCUUCUUCACGUGCAAAACCUCUAGCAGCUUGGAUGAAUGGUCUUGAGGUGUGUUCUAUCGAAGCAGACAGUACAAAAGGAUGUUUGAUUCUGGCCGUUGGGAUCUCGACAAGGUAUGUCUACGCAACGUACAAGAAAACACCUGUUACUACUGAUGAAGCUGAAGCUUGGGAAUCUGCAAAGAAAGCAAGUGGAGGUUUGCAUUUUCUUGCAAUUCAAGAUGACUUGGAUUCUGAUGACUGUGUUGGCUUUUGGCUUCUUAUUGAUUUGCCACCACCUCCUGUUUAAUUUCACUUUGGUAAAUUGGUAAUAACCAUGUUUUGCUAUUUAGUAACCGAGUAGAACUGUGGGUUUGUCUCACUCUUGAAAGAAAUAGUUUACAUGA